GCAGUUGGUCGCAAUGUCGAACAAUUUAACAUCCGUGAUCCAUGAUUAGUUGGCACAAAGUCAUGUCAAGAACGGUUUGAGGAAGUGGAGUGACUUUUUUGUGUUGUUUCGUAAAUAUAAUAUUCAAUCCACCUUUAUGUGUGAGAAAGUACAUGGUUGACCGUCCAUGCGGUGUAACAUAACCACUUGAAAACUUCUGACAAUGUUAGGAUCAUGAGAAUUACUGCAUUGUUUCCAGUAAUACAUAUUUUAUCUCUAUGGCUAAGGGAAAAUUAAGAGGUUCUGACUCCAACAGUAAGAUAACUGCAUCAAAUACAACAUUUAAAAAUGGAGAAACAUAUACGUGGGAAUUUGAGAUUAAUGAAACACCACCUAGUGCUAGAACAUUACUUACCAAAGGCUACAUACAAGAUGAAAUUAACUCGUUUUCAGGAGCAACUGUAUCAACACGUGGACGUUUUAUGACAGAACAAGAAAAAUUACGCUGUCCAAAUGAGAGGCCAUUGUAUCUUUAUAUACAGGGACACACGAAACAUAAUGUUGAUUUGGCGAUACAGAGGAUCAAGGAAAUUAUCAAAACAGAACAUCAGAGUUCCCUAAAUAGACCAAGCAGGUUUACAAACGCCCCGCCGCCUCUUAUGAGUCUACAUUCCGGUAUUACAACAGUGGAAAAGAUUUGUGUCGGUAUUGACAAUGCGCCACAGGGAUUUGAUUUACGUGGACGAAUAUUAGGUGCUGGUGAAGCAAAUUUAGUGUACAUUAGAAGCGAAACGGGGGCAAAUGUAAUUCUAAAAGGUAGAGGGUCUCAAUUUAUUGACCCAAUUUUAGGAGCAGAAUCUCCAGAGCCACUUCACUUGUAUAUAGAGCAUCCAAAGCCGGAAGCGUUGCAAAGCGCAAAACAACUGGCUAUCAAUUUAAUACAGACAAUACAGUCUGAAUUACAAACUUAUAUUCAGCAACAACCACCGCCUGUACAACCUCAGCAAGUUAUAGAACAAUCACAGUUACCACAAACUCAAUUUCAAACUAUGAACAUUGGUACCUUAGCUCAGCCAAAUGUGGUCACAAUACAGCCUCAAGAUAUCAUGCAACAUCCUCAAAGUAAUGUUGUGACAUUACCCGCGACUAUUCUCACAGCUACGGUGGCUGGUACACCAGCACCCGGUGUAACAGUUCCUCCUCCAGGAGUACACAUACCACCUCACACUGGACCGUUAGUUCCACCUCCUCAAGCUCAGGAAAUACAAACUUUCAUGCCACCACCGUCAGUUGGACAAGUACAAUUAAUUGGUCCUCCGUCGACGGUAAGUCAAGUUCAAUAUCAGAUACAUCCCGGCCAGCCGUUGCAAAUCCAGGGAAUUCCGGGAUCGCAAUCCUCGCCACAGCCUGUGGCUCAAAUGUACGUCAUGAGCCAACCGCCGCCACAGAGUCCCGCGCAACAGAGCUUCAUAACGAGUACGAACGUGCCGGUAAGCGGGGCGGUGUCGUACGUUUAUACGCAACCGAAUGUGCAACGACCCGCCACGCCAUCCCAAGGAAUUAUCGAAACUGUUAAUGUUAAUUUGCAACAACCUCCGCCCACGGCGCCGCUCAAUAUAACGCAGCAACCACCACCGCCGUUGGUACAUCUUCACUUUCCGCCGCCGAACUUCCCGCCAAAUCAACCGCCCCCACCUGUGCCGCAAACUUAUCAGAUACAAUAUCAACAAGUGCAGGCACCUGUGUCGCAGUCGCAAACGCAAUUUGUUUUGCAGUCUGGCGAGCAUAUUGUUCCGCCUCAGUUGCAACAAAAUCACGAACAGUCCCAGGCCGUUGCUCAGCACAUAAUGCCGCCACAAUUCGAAGGUCACGCGCCACCAUUCCAUCUACAAGUACCUCCACCACCAUCCGCGCAAACCUUCCUAGUUCCGAAUGCUCAAUCGCCGCAACAUCAUCAACCACCACUUCCUCCGAGCGGGGAAAUGCAACAUCAGCAAGAAGGCCCUGUAGAGCAAGGCCCGUUACCACAACCGGUGCCACCUCCACAAAUAGUUCCGCCACCGUCAAUCGGUCAGAUGCCAAAUUCCAUGAAUUUCACGAGCGUGCCGCCGCCAACGCAACCGCCACCGCCACAAAAUGCUCCGUGGCUUUAUCAGGCUCAGCAGCCGCAGCAGAUGCCGCAGUCACAAGGACAACUGCAGAUGCAAAUGCCGCCUCAAAAUAUACCUCUUCAUAACGUACCUCCGCCACAAAUUCAAGCACAAAUACAAUAUCAUCCCCAGCACAUACAAUAUCAAAACGGUCAUAUACCUACGCAAGUGCAUUACACGAUGCAACCGCCGCAUCAGCAAUUUGAGCAAAAGCCCGAUUCACCGGAGCAACAAAAAUCACAUGGAGUAAAAAGAAGGUUUUCGGAUGUAGACGGAGGUCAGGAACCACCGCUACCGCCACCGCCACCACCGUAUCAAUGCGCUCCAUUACCUGCGCAGCGUCACGGCACAGGCAGAGAAGGUGAUCGUCAACAGCAAGUCUUACACGGUCCACCCACAUCUGCCGGUCUGCCACAUGGAGAUCGAAACAAGAUGCUAAUGCCACCUCCAUAUCCAGGUGAGAAACGAGGCUUGGAUCAAAAGCCGGCAGGACUAUCUUCAGGAAAUGAACAGAAUGUAAUGGCGGAACCUGGAAAUAUCCAUGUCGGAAAUGGUCCACCUCUUCCGCCUCCGCCUUCACCGCAAGCACCGUGGCAAAAUCAUCAUGUUAGAGCUCCUUGGGGUAGACCACCGCCAAUUCCAAGGGAAGGAGAUCCCGCAGCCUGUCCGGGAUUACCGCCUAUUAAUAUGCCUCCACCUCAGAUCAGGCCAAGAGGUCCCGCUGACGGUAACCGUUCUCCCACUCAGAACGCCGUGUUAGAACAAUCGUUAAACACCGAAUACAAUCAAAUGCCGCCGUACACGACAAAACCGCCACCUUACAACGCGCAUCCAUUAAUGCAAUCUAUCUGCAAUCCACCACCGCCACCUCCGCCGCAUCACCAACAGCUCCGGCCGCAGCAUCCAUCUCAAGCGAUGCAGCAUUACCAGGUGCCAAUAUCUCAGACAUAUCAGCCGCCGACGUCCUGUCCGCCAUGGAUGAAUUGAAAUAAACACACGCAUCGCAGAGCGGCGUUUUUUUACUUCAGUAUUGUGGCAGUGACCAAUGGAUGUUACGUACCAAAUGCGACAUUAUUUGUUUUAACGGGCGACUUAUCGUGAUGUGACAGCGAAACUACAGAUCUGUUUAUCAUUAAGAGCAUCAUGUUGUUUGAACAAUUAUUGUUUCUUGCGAUAAUUAUUAAUUAUAAUCUGAUAAUAUGAAAUGUACAAUAUGAGCAUUACUGUAGCUAAUUUAAUGAUCUCCUUCAAAGAGAAAUGUUAUACAUAUUGAACAAUAUUAAAAAAAAAAAAAUGUAAAUGUUAACGAUUAUUUAUAUUGUACGAUUCGUAUAUCAUAUGCCUCUGUGAAGAAGAAAAAUACGCAGAAUGAUAAUAACGCCAUGUUGGCGAGAUAGUUACUUAUUAAUUGCGCGUUUCGUAUCUCGAUGCGAGAAGCGUGACAAGUGUGUAUAGUACAUAGAUCUAGCGGAAAGUAUGACAUUAUUACUUUGAUCGAACAAUUUUAUCAUUAAUCAUGUCUGAGAAGAUGUACAAGCGAGUUUAUUUCAAUUAUGAUCCGCAAAUGAUAAAAUUGCACAUCACUUGUUUUGUAUUUACACAUACGACACAAGUACUCGUUCAAAUGUAUCGAAUUUCUUAUUUAUAUACGUGUAAUAUGUUUAUAUAUAUAUUAAAUAUACACGUAAAUGCUGUAUG